AUGCCACGGCUAAAUCUUGCCGAAGUCGACUCGCUAGAGGCACAAGUCAUUAUUGACAAUGAGCUGGACCCCAUGUCGACGAUUGCUCCCGACACCGUCCAGGUCUCUGGGCUAAUGGGCCACCUGGCUAUGAAUUCGCCUCAUCAUCUGGACAACCGAGGAGACGCGCACAGAGAGCUUCAGAUGGAGGAUAUCUGCUGCUCAGCCCAUGGCUUGUCAAUACUGUUGACCGCUACCAAGGGUGACAAGAAACGCGCGAUCCUUUUCGAUGCUGGACCGGAAGAAGACGCGUGGGAGAGAAAUGUUCGACGGAUGCGACCGGACCUCUCUUCGGUGGAACUGAUCCAACUAUCCCACUGGCAUCGCGAUCACUCAGGUUGGUUUCAUUUGCGUCAAUAUCAGCAGUCCACUAAAGAGCUAUAG